UUCUUCGUCUCUUCCCAUAAACUUUCAUCGGAUAGGACAAAAUUACACAGCAAUCCAAAAAACUUGGGGCCAAUCCACACAUUUCAUCAUCCUCAUAGAUACUCUGUUAACUUGGUGGAAGUUGAAGAUUGUGAUAUCCAUAUAUAUUAUUCAUAUGAUGAUGAUUCAUAUAGACAAAGUCUAUGGUUAUGCCGCCCAGACACCACCUCCCCCUCAACAUCUCACCAUCAACUAAUGGGUCGUCGGCCUUUUAAUUUAUUAAUUCAAAUUCAUCAUCACAGCUGAAGAGCAAUUUGAUUUGAUCAAGUUGAUAACACCCAACUCCAAGUAUAUGUUGGCACUACUCCUUUGUAAAUCACAUCAACCCACUUUUCACUCUCUUUCCAUAUUUCAUUGCAACUAUGGCUUUCUUACAGUUGAUUCUCUUUUGUAGGUUUUUCAGUUUCCUAUUUCUAGUCCCCUUUGCAAACUCAAUUUCCUUCAACUUCACCAAUUUCCAACCAAACACACCAGAGAUAUACUUCCAAAGGGAUGCAUUUGCAUCCAGUGGUGUAAUCCAAGUCACCAAGAAUCAGCAAGACAGUUCCCUCAUGAGAAGUGUAGGCCGAGCCUCGUAUGCUGAGCCAGUCCACAUUUGGGAUGCCAAAACUGGGAAGUUGACUGACUUCACUACUCACUUCUCUUUCAUCAUCAAAGCAGUUAAUGCGAGUCUCUACGGUGAUGGACUUGCCUUCUUUCUUGCACCCUUCGGGGCUGACAUUCCCACCAAUUCAAUCGGUGGCUUCCUCGGCCUUUUGAGUAACAGCUCUGGCAUCAACCCUGUUGGCAAUUCUAUAGUUGCUGUUGAGUUUGAUACUUACCAAAAUCUUUGGGAUCCUAGCUCAGACCAUGUCGGUAUCAAUGUCAACUCAAUGGUCUCAGUGGCUAAUGUCACAUGGAAAAGUAGUAUCAAGGGUGGAUCAACUGCAAAUGCUUGGGUGAGUUACAAUUCCACUACCAAAAAUUUAAGUGUAUAUCUAACUUAUGCUAAUGAGCCGGUUUUCACGGGCGAUUCUAGCCUUUCAUUUGUUGUUGAUUUGAGGGAUGUUUUGCCGGAAUGGGUGACUGUUGGUUUUUCGGCUGCCACGGACCAGUGGGUUGAAUUACACGAAAUUCUUUCUUGGAGCUUUAAUUCAACCUUAGAGGGUGGUAAAAAGAAGACGAAAUCAACAUUGCUGGUGGGUUUGGCCACGGGUAUUGGUGCCUUGUGGUGUGGUUGCGGGUUGUUUUGGUUCAUCUUGUGGAGAAAAAGGAUCUGUCGGAGAAAAAAAAACACGGCCAUAGAUGCAAUAGAUGAUGAUGAGUUUGAGAAAGGAACUGGACCUAGGAGAUUCAACUUUCGCGAACUGAGUCGUGCAACGAAUGAUUUUGCCGAGGCAGGAAAGCUUGGAGAGGGAGGAUUUGGAGGUGUUUACAAGGGUUUUUUAAGCGAUAUAAAAGCUGAAGUAGCGGUUAAACGUGUCUCGCGAGGAUCAAAGCAAGGGAAAAAGGAGUACUUAUCCGAAGUGAAGAUCAUUAGCCGGCUGAGACAUAGGAAUUUGGUUCAACUCUUUGGUUGGUGCCAUGAACAAGGUGAGUUCCUUCUGGUUUAUGAGUUCCUGCCAAAUGGGAGCCUAGAUUUCCAUCUAUUUGGUGGGAAAACAAAGCUAAAAUGGGCAGUGAGGUACAAAAUAGCCAUUGGCUUGGCUUCUGCAUUACUCUAUCUUCACGAAGAAUGGGAACAAUGCGUGGUGCAUAGAGAUAUCAAGUCAAGUAAUGUUAUGUUGGACUCAAAUUACAACGCCAAACUCGGUGAUUUUGGCCUAGCAAGGCUUGUAGACCAUGAUCUAGGCUCACAAACAACUGUUUUGGCCGGCACAAUGGGAUACUUGGCUCCAGAGUGUGUUACCACAGGCAAAGCAAGUAAAGAAACUGAUGUCUAUAGUUUUGGUGUUGUUGCCCUUGAAAUCUCUUGUGGAAGAAAGCCGGUUGAAUUAAGGGUAGAACCAAGUAAGGUAAGGCUUGUAGAGUGGGUUUGGGACCUAUAUGGAAAAGGGAAGAUCCUUGAAGCUGCAGAUGAGGGAUUAAGCAAGGAAUACGAUGAGCCCCAAACAGAGCGGUUAAUGGUUGUUGGGUUAUGGUGUUGCCAUCCGGAUCAUACUAUCCGGCCUUCUAUUAGGCAAGUGAUUAAUGUUCUUAAUUUUGAAGCUCCAUUACCUAGCCUUCCGCGAAAGCUACCGGUGGCAAUGUAUUUUGCGCCUCCAAUGAGCAUGUGUAGGUUUUCGUAUACAUCAUCUGCUAGCGUGACAGACUCGGAGAAACAUCAGACUCCGUGUUCGUGUAGCAGUUGCAGUACUUCAGCAAUGUCAUUAGGAUCGUCCAAAUCUCUCUUUCAAAUACGUGGUGAGAAGAAUGCUCCCCGAAGGAAUCAACAGUAUAUUGAUGUUAAAGUGUAGCAUAUUAUUUCAAUUUGUUCUUUCUCCUAUUUGAAAGAUGGAGGAAAAAAAAAAACUUUAACUAUGUGUGGUUUGUGUUUAUUCUAUUCUAUCUGAUAAAGUUUUAUGGGUUCAUUGUAAAUUAGAGUUUGGUUCUAGUAAUGAAGCCACAUUGUAUUAUAAUCCUUGCCACAUUUAAUUAUCUCGAAUUGAUCCUACUUUCUUUCUU